CAACAUCUCAGUUGUCUUCGGAGCAAAUGUAUGCAAAUUACAGAACAAUGAAGGCACGAAUCCGUGCUAGAAGGUUGGCAGCUGAGAAGGGGGGCCAAGUGAUUCGGCGAAAAGGAUGGGGAUAUCCACAAAGGGAAGACGAAGGUUGCAACAAUGGAAAUUAGAAGCAGUUUAGACUCCCGGAUGAGUUUGGAAGCUUGCGUUGGAACGGGGUUUUAGCAUCACAGGAAUUGCUGCACCCGAGAAACCGAGUAGAUGUGAAUUUUAGCUCACUUCCAGUGUCGGAGCAGCAGAGUGGACAAUGGGGACAAUGUGGAUGCUUUUACGGUGGGCGGCAGCUGCCGUGGCUGCUGUCACAGUGCAGAAAUGGGUUGUCAAAUCUGUACAACUGGAGCGAAAGCUUGCAGAAACAGAAGCAGCUCUGAAAGUGGCACGACGAGAACGCACUGCCGAACGCACAGGCCGCAUUCGUGCCCAGCGUAUAGGCUAUGGCCGGCUGGUAAAUCAUCACGGCAGUUGGGUAAUGCUGAAUGCAGGAGUUGAAGACCGCGCUGGUGAGCAAGAAGAGUUCUGAAGAUGCCAAUUCCGGCGCAUUUCCAAUGACCCCCAUAGGGACCGUCCGUUCUUGCUUUUCUACUAGGAAUGGUACACCAAGGCAGCCCCUCCUGGUAACUGAAGCACGAUCUUGUGUAGUGCUCUACCCGGGAGGUAUUCCAGUAGAAGCGUUUGAAGGUCUUGGACAGUAUUCUCACUGCUGGCUGCUCUAUGUAUUUCAUGAUAACACGGAUUUGCAACGACUGUGGAUCAAGCCCGGUCAUCGUGACUUCAAAGCAAAGAUACAUGUUCCAAGACUGCAAGGAGGGAAGAUGGGAGUUUUUGCAACGCGUUCUCCACAUCGCCCUUGUCCAAUAGGUCUCAGCGUAGCAAAGAUUGAAGGAGUGUACGGAGGAAUGUUACUUCUUUCAGGAGCAGAUAUCGUAGAUGGAACGCCGGUGUUGGAUAUUAAGCCCUAUCUUCCAUACUGUGAUUCCGUAUCUGUGGCGUCAGCACCAUCGUGGGUAAAGGCGGGAGGUUCCGAAGAUGUGCUAGCUAUGAAAACUGUGGAUUUUUCAGAAAGUUUUAUUCGCGAUCUAGGUGCAAGUUGGAAAUCAAUGGAAAAAUACUCGCUGUAUUCUAGCCCGGAGGAAUUACAGAAACUUCUUAAACAGGUUCUCUCCAGAGAUAUACGUUCACUCAAUCAAAGAGAAAGGCCACACACAGCAAAGUUGAGUGAAGUGAGCGACAUCUUUUCCAAAAUUUCUUCAGAUCCUGCCGACUUGGACGUGGAAGGAGCCGGAUCUAGCGAUGAGAAAGAAUUAAGUGCUCAGACUGAAAAGUUUCUCCAAGUCACAAGAGACUCGUGUACCAACGGAGAGGUGUUGUACAACUUGGUCAUUGAAGGUGUGAAUGUGUCAUAUACACAGGAUUCUGAAGGCCAUGUUGUUGUGAAAGCUUGCACCGUCCUUCAGCACCUGAACACGCCCGACAUUAGGAACUGUAGGCGGGGAUUUACGUCUUGAUUAUGCUUCUCAUGAGUUUGAGUUUCCAUAUCUUCGAAAGUUUUAAUUGGUUAGUCAGGUUGUAGGCUUAUUCCUGCCAGAACUUUCUCGGAAUAUUAGUUGUUGUAAAUUGGUCCAUUUCUAGGUGCUCAGGGAUCAGCAUACCGAGGAAAGUAGAGAAAUUUUCGAUACUCGGGUGAAUUCAAUUCCCCUUUUGAAGAGUUCGAUUUAUGCAUAACAUGUGCAUGACGUGUCCGUAUGACUAAGCUUACCCCUCAAUACGAAAACCUUUACGGUGCAUUUUUGCUCGGA